AUGUUUGGAAACAGUGCUUCCCGUGCUGGUGGAGCCGCGACGGGCACUGAUUUGGAAACCAUACAAACAGAGGGCCUUGGCUUCUUGCCUCUGGCAGGUGAAGCAAAGGUUCGCCUCGUACCAUCAUGGGCCUCUCCUCCGGCGGAAACGGCAUCUCUUCUUAGCAUUGCCUCUCGAAAAGGCCUCGUCGCUGCCGCCGGACCUGAGCAAAUAGUCGUUGCCACAACCGAGUCCGUCCGCAAAGCUUUCACGUCAUCGGACGUUUUUGAGCCUCAACUCAGCAUCCCUGCGCCGACGCGCGUUUCGCAUCUGGCCUAUACAGCAGAUGAAAGCUAUCUGGUACUGUCCGCAGAGUCUGGCGGCGGUCUUGCGGUAUAUGACGUGCAAACCCUCCUCCAGGGCUCGACAAAUGCUCUCUUCGAGUUGCCUACAAAUGGCGAGUCUCUUCGAGCACUGGCUCCUAACCCCACAGCAGAAAAAGCUCACCUUUGCGCCCUCGUCACGACCAGUGGUAACUUGUACAUGGCGAAUCUGAGUGAGCGCAAACUGAGCAAUCCGCUGAGAAGUCGGGUUUCUUCUCUUAGCUGGAGCGCCAAGGGCAAGCAGCUGUGUGCUGGUAUGGUAGAUGGCACUAUUAGUCAAAUGACGCCUGAAGGAGAAGGGAAAGGGGAGAUUCCCAAGCCUCCAAAUUCGGAAGACUGUUACGUUUCCUCCCUCAUCUGGUUGGAAAACAACCUCUUCCUAGCCAUUUAUACCGCCACCAACGAACCAUCACCCAGCUCCAUCUACCACAUUAUCAAUCGGCAGCCCCCGUCGACUUUUACAUUCCAAAAAAUUACCGACCCAGUGGAGCCUUUUGGUGCCGAAAAGCCGCCGCACCAUGUUCUUUUAAGAUUAAGGGACUUCCUGGACCUGCAGGAUCUUCUCAUUGUUUCGUCCACUGCAUCGACAGAAGUCGGGAUCUUGACUAGAUCGAAGACGCCAUUGGCCCAUGACAAGCCUGCGGGUUUAAUAACGAACGUCUUCACAACAACAGAGUUUCUGGAGGACACGAGACGGCCUACCUUGCCCAUGACGGAGAGCAUGGUGGAUUCAGUGGCCAUUGGUGUAGCUCUGGACCUUUCGAGCAAGGAAAAGGUGUACAAGCCAAUCCCUUCAGAUGAGGAACUAGAUCAGUCUCUGGGACCAUUACCUGGGUUUUGGGUUCUCACCAAUGAAGGCCUGCUGUGUUCAUGGUGGCUGGUAUACAACGAUGCAGUUAAAAAAGGCCACAACUACCCAGGUUUAUCUGUGAAUGACAACAAUACCGCCUCGGCGUCCACACCGACUCAGACCACUCCUCUGAAGCCGGCCUCCUUCGCCACGGCUGACAGCUCUCCCUUCGCUUCGACGACGCCUACCACUGCUCCAACUUUCGGAAGCUCUUCGCGGCUUGGCCAACAGUCCAGCUCGUGGGCUGCAUCAACAAACAGCCCGGCCGCCACUGGUGGUGCGAUAUUCGGUUCGAGCAGUUUUGGCAACCCACCCUCGGACUCGGGCCUUGCUUUCGGCAAGCCAAGUGCGUUGGGAUUUGGCCAAUCCUCCCAGUUGGGAAUAAGAACAUCGCCUUGGGCGGCAAGAUCCGGGUCGAGGCCCGCAUUCGGACAAUCCGCCUUUGCCAAUUUUUCCAAUGGAGCGAGCAAUCAAAGCCCAUUUGGCUCUCCCGCCCCCGACACCAACACGCCAGACACGACUGCGGCGCCAGUGACACCAGCCGCAUCAGGAGGCGUCUUUUCCGAAUUUUCUUCACGGGGCGGAUUCGCCUCUCUCAGUGCUACCACCGGCAACUCGGGCGGUUUCGGAAGUGGUGGCAAAUUCGGCACCAGCUCGUUCGGUACAACCUCAGACUCCAGCAACACGACGGACUCGGCCUUCACGGCCACCCAGCAAAAUCCAUCAAAUGUCUUUGGAUCUGCACCGUUCAAAUUGGAGUCUUCUUUCAGAGCCGAUGCGUUUCAGGAAGAGACCAAUGAGGAGAAUUCAUCUGGAGCUGCAGGCUCGUCUCUGUUUGGACCCGCUUUCGGAUCUGCGCUGGGCGAUGUUGCAGACCAGCGCGACCAGCCCACGCCUUCCGCCAAAGAAGACGACAUGGAUACGACAGAAGAAACGCCGCAGGCCAAGUCACAAUCACUUUUCGCCCCUCAGCAAACGCAAGAGUCCACCACGCCAACUACAACACCUGCCGGCCCAAGAUUCGGCUUCUCAACGCCGACACCAGGCACUUCGGCACCUGGGCAGGACUCUAAGCCGAAACCCGCAUCCAGCAACUUGUUCGGUGCACGGAAAGAUGCAGCCAAACCCGAGACCUCAUCACUCUUUGGCUCUGCAAAGGCUUUUGAUUCGACCGCUUCACACUCGGAAGUAAAAUCCGCGGAAGAGGACGCCCCUCUUCCGUCUGACACCGAGAGUGAAGUGGAUAAAUUGUCCUCGUCUUCAGCAACCGUGGACCACAGCCGGUUGUCCGCGGCGACGAGUACGCCUUUGAAGGCGGAUUCAGCAAUCUCGGCAUCGGAUGCAGCGGCGAUGAGUACGCCCUUGAAGACGGAUUCAGCAAUGUCGUCAUCGGAUGCAACGACGCCAAAGCCUUCGCAAACACCCACCGACACCCCAUUACCUUUAGCCUCGACUAAGGACCUCGAACCUGCCGAAGCACCGUUGUCACCCAACUUUGAAAACGUCCUUAUCCCGGCUGACAAAUCGAAAGCUGAGCAAGGUACACCUACACCGCCCUCUUCGCCCUCUUCAAAACACAUCAAGGUGGAGCCAGGAAUCGAAGAGGAUGAUGCGCCGUUGCCGCCUGACUUUGUACUGCCAGAGGCACCAUUCAAGGAACCGUCAAACGUCCCUUCAAUCCCUGAGACCACAGAUGGCGAAAGCGAUCUGAGGGAGGAGGAAGCAUCGGAGGGCAGCGGAGUCGAUGUUGCCAAUGAUUUCAGCCCGAGCACCAGCGAUCGUAACGCAACCCCCGGGAUUUCUCCCCAAAGUUCCUUCAGUGCACUUGUUGGAAAUAAUGCUUUGGGCACAGCAAGUCCCGAGGAAAGAGCACGUCCUCUUUUUGGCGAAAUUAGCCGCACAGCACCGGUAUUCCCAAAGCCCACCCAAGCUAGUCCUCGGUCGCCAAGCCCAAUGCGUGGCGCGGUGCCGCCAAGAGUAAUUCGGCCUGAUGCUACUCGAUCGGUCAGCGCUCCAGGAAUGGCAUCACAGAUUUUGGGGUCAAGACAAGGUCAAGCGCAUCAUGGCAGCUCAAUUAUCAGUAGUAGAGAGAUACCCCAGGAUUCCGAAGACCCUUUUAUGCGGCAGCAUCGGCAGAUAAGGGAACGGCAAGAGGCCGAGGAGACGCAGCCCCUCGUCGACGAAGAGGAUGACGAAGUACAGAAGAUCCUGAAUUCUGAAGUGGAAGGCACUCUGCAGUUGCACGAGUUUAUCGCGCAUUCCGAUGUUGCCCCUCCAGCAAAGGAGAGCGUUCCGGCUCAGGUGGAAGCUGUCUACCGUGACGUCAAUUCCAUGAUUGAUACGUUGGGCCUCAAUGCCCGAUCUAUCAAAGCGUUUACCAAGGGGCACAACGAGAAUGCUGCAGAAGGCGGGCGGGGAAAACAGGAUCUUGAAAUACCGGACGACUGGGUCUUGUGCGAAAUUAAUGACUUGGGUGACGUGCUCGACAGUGAGCUGCACGGCGAUUUGGAAGAUGGUCGGGUGCAAGACAUGCAAGGCAAGCUCGAGGCAUGCCAGGACCUGCUGCGAGACAUGCAACGCCUCCGCGCCAAGCAGGAGGAUCUCAAGCGGGUCGUGAUGGCUCGAGCAGACCCAGAACAAGCCGAGCUCGCGCGGUUAUCACCGCUCAGCGCUGAGCAAGCCGCGCAGCAGAGCGAGUUGAGACGCGAAUACGGGGCAUUCACCAGUCUGCUAACAGGGGCGGAGGAAGCCUUGAUUCUGCUCAAGACGCGGAUUGCGGCUGCAUCGAGCAGUUCAGGCAAGGGUAGCGCGCCAGUUCCGACGGUCGAGGCAGUGAUGCGUACCAUUUCCAAAAUGACGUCGAUGGUCGAGAAGCGAAGUGGAGACGUUGACGUGUUGGAGACACAGCUCCGGAAAAUGAGGCUUGGAUCUUCAAGUCGAGAAGGCUCUCCCAUGAGGACGCCUCAGGGGAGAAAGAGCUUCGUAUUGUUGUCACCUGACCCGAACCCGUCCCGGACGUUCCGCCAAAGCCCGUGCAAAUCACCCGGCGUCAAUGUCGCGUCUCCAAUCGGAGCUACGAAAGCUACGCCGUCACGGAAGAAGAUGAGCGGCUUGAGCAACGAGGAGAAGGGCGAUGUUGUGGAAAAGAGAGCUCGGCGUCAGAUUGUGCUGUCCAAGUUGAAGGAGAGUGUGGGGAAACGAGGUGUGACUGUAUGGACUAUGGAAGAGAUUGAAUAG